ACGGGGGACGACGCAAGUGUGCAUGCUGAAUAAUAAAUAAUAAUAAAUAAUUGCCCCGUCGCGCAAAGACUUUCCGCCACAGGAAAAGCGGUUAGUGGAAUCGAAGUUGAGGAGGAAUAUCUAAUACACAAAGAGUGAAAAGCCAAAUUGUUGUUAACAACGCGCGUGUGUCUAGCUGCUUGCUUGAGUGUGUGUUUUGUGUGCGAUAGUUGUUGUUUAGUUUUGUGAGAAAGAAAAACGAAAAAAAAGGGCGUCGCGCAGAUUGAAAAUUUAUGUGUGCAUAAAAAAUCAAGAGCUGCAGCAGCCAAAAACUACAAAAGCGAAAAGGGAGAGGCGAGGAGACGGCUGUAAAAGAGAUAGAGACGCCCAGAGGAGAGUGGAAAGAAAGCGGAGCGGGGUGGAUGCAUUACCGUUAAAACCGCUGCUGUCGCCGUCGUUAUUGUUGUUGUUGCAAAGCCAGCGGUGAAAUCGUCGUCAUUGAAUGGCAGUAUGCAAUAAUGGACUCCACGCCUAAUGCGGCCCAUAAUCCGAACCAGAAUCGGGAUCUCCUAACGCUGCAGCCCCUGCGCCCGUCCCGCGGUUCUAGCUCUAAUCUGCGCGCCAGUCGCUCUCCAUCCGCCAGUCGAAGCAUCGAGCCAAUGUCCCGGGAGCGUGCCAGCGAGGCAGCGGCAGCCACACAGACAGCAGCAGCAGCGGCAGGCGGAACGACGGCCACAUCCGGUGGAGGUUCUGCAUCGGCAGCCGGAGGAGCAGGAGCAGCAACAGCUUCGGCAACAACUGGGGCAGGCGGCACUUCCGGAUCCGGAACAGCCUCCGCGAACACGAAUAGCAAUUCCUCUGCCUCAUCCAGCACAGUGGCAGCUGCACAGGCGGCUGUCUACAGCGGCGGCAACACGGUGACCGGCAGUUUGGGCAGCGGCGGGGUGGUGGCUCGUGGCUUCCGCAGCCACAGUCCCACCCAUCGGCGUCGUAGUCGCGACCGUCAGAGACGCACCCAUGGCUCCGAUCAGGGCGGCCUGCUGGCCUACAGCGGUCUCGUCGGCAUCAACGACAUGACGGAUUUCCUGGGUCCAAAUCAGGGCGUAGGCGGCGUCGGCGUUGGAGGUGGAGGCGGAGGUGGCGGUGGCGGUGGUAGUGCUGGCACUGGCAGCGGGCUAGAGGACUCACGGUUAUCUGGCAACGAGGACUACUAUUCUUCGUUCGUUUCCGAUGAGUUUGACAGCAGCAAGAAGGUGCAUCGCCGCUGCCACGAGCGCAGCUCCAGCGUCCAGGCCAUUGACCGAUUGAACACCAAGAUCCAAUGUACCAAGGAGUCCAUCCGUCAGGAGCAAACUGCCAGAGAUGAUAAUGUCAAUGAGUAUCUAAAGCUGGCAGCUAGUGCCGACAAACAGCAGCUGCAGCGUAUCAAGGCUGUCUUCGAGAAGAAGAACCAAAAGAGUGCGCACAAUAUCUCGCAGUUGCAAAAGAAACUGGACAACUACACGAAACGGGCCAAGGAUCUGCAGAAUCAUCAGUUCCAGACCAAGAGCCAGCAUCGGCAGCCACGUGAGGUGUUGCGCGAUGUGGGCCAGGGAUUGCGCAAUGUUGGUGGCAAUAUCCGUGACGGCAUCACUGGCUUCUCCGGUUCGGUGAUGUCCAAGCCACGUGAGUUCGCCCACCUUAUCAAGAACAAGUUUGGCAGCGCCGACAACAUCAAUCAGAUGAGCGAAGCCGAGCUGCAAGGCAUGCAGGCGAAUGCCAAUGCCGAUGUCCUGGCGGCCAAUGAACGAUUGCAGCAGGUGCCCGGUGCGGGCACAUCGACAGGAUCUGGCGGUGGCGGUGGUCACAACAACAACAAUAACACAGGCGGUGCUGGGAGCGGCACAGGGAAAUUCAACAGUGACAACAGCGAAUGCAGCAGCGUGACCAGCGAAAGUAUACCGGCCGGUUCUGGGAAAAGCCAGUCGGGUGCCAGCCAAUACCAUAUAGUGCUCAAGACAUUGCUGACCGAGCUGGCCGAGCGAAAGGCUGAGAACGAGAAGCUCAAGGAGCGCAUAGAACGGCUGGAGACGGGCCAAAAGGAAUUCAACAAUCUGACCGCCACACUCGAAAGUGAACGAUAUCGUGCCGAGGGACUCGAGGAGCAAAUCAAUGACUUGACGGAAUUACAUCAGAAUGAAAUUGAGAAUCUGAAGCAAACGAUUGCCGACAUGGAGGAGAAAGUACAAUACCAAAGCGAUGAAAGACUACGUGACGUCAACGAAGUGCUCGAGAACUGUCAAACGAGGAUAUCGAAAAUGGAGCACAUGUCGCAGCAACAAUAUGUCACCGUCGAGGGCAUUGAUAAUUCCAAUGCACGGGCCUUGGUUGUGAAACUCAUCAAUGUGGUAUUAACGAUAUUGCAAGUGGUACUCCUGCUGGUGGCAACCGCCGCUGGCAUUAUAAUGCCGUUUCUCAAAUCUAGGGUUCGCGUUCUCACCACAUUUCUGUCGAUAUGUUUCGUCAUCUUUGUGAUACGACAAUGGCCGGAUGUACAGGAUAUUGGAUCGGGCCUUGUGCGGCAUCUCAAGCAAUCGCUGGUGGUCAAGUGAACAUCUCAUCUACCGAGUAGUCCGUACGUUCUUUAGUUAGCUUAAGGUCUAAAGUGCAUACUUUGUAUAUAUAGCUUAUCGAUGAUAACGAGUAUAACAAUUAUUAUAUUUUUAA